CAGGAGAAUCACUUGAACCUGGGAGGCAGAGGUUGCGCUGAGCGGAGAUCACGCCACUGCACUCCAGCCUGGGUGACACAGCGAGACUCCGUCUCAAAAAAGGUUUUCAGACUCUGCCCACUGCUCUCUCCUCCCUGACCCCACCUUGGCCCUGCUCCCCGAUCCCUCCCCUUUGGUUAACCCUGGAAGCCUCCUCACUGGCUCCCUGCUCUCCAUCCUCGCCACACAGCCAGAGGGACCUGUGAGCGCCUCAGUUUGGUGACCCACCCCUCCUCAGAGGUCUGUGGCUUCAUCUUAAGAGUAAAAGCGGAAAGUGGUCAUCAAGGCCCCUAAGACCCCGCCUGAGCCACUCCGCCUUCCUCUUUGGCCCAUCUCUUUGUCUUGUUUGAUCCACCUGACCCGCCUUGCUAUUGAAACUCUCCAAACUCCUUCCUGCAUUUGCAUCGGUGAGUCUCCCUCCCUGGCUAUCUCUUCCCUAGAUGGUGUGUGCUGGCCUCCAUCUUAUCACUCAGGCCUUAGCUCAAAUGUCACCUCUUCCAAGAAGUCUUCCAUGACCACAGUGAAACCCCCGCAGCACUCUAUCUACAUCUGAGUGCCUUGGACCCGUGGGACGCCCACCAUGCCGCCCCAAGGGCCAGCCUCUGUGCCGCCGCCGCUGCUGCUGCUGCUGCUGCUGCUGCUGCUGCUGCUGGGGGCGGCCACCGCUGCUCCCCUGGCACCGAGACCCUCCAAGGAGGAGCUGACCCGCUGUCUGGCAGAAGUGGUCACAGAGGUGCUGACCGUGGGCCAGGUCCAGAGAGGACCCUGCACUGCUCUUCUCCACAAGGAGAUGUGUGGGACGGAGCCCCAUGGCUGUGCAUCCACCGAGGAGAAAGGCCUGCUGCUUGGGGAUUUCAAGAAGCAGGAGGCUGGGAAGAUGAGGUCCAGUCAGGAGGUGAGGGAUGAGGAAAAGGAGGAGGUAGCAGAGAGGACCCACAAGUCUGAGGUCCAGGAACAAGCCAUCCAUGAGGAAGGGCACCGCCAGCUCCACCGGGAGGAGGACGAGGAGGACGAGAAGGAGCAGAGGAAGAGGGGGCCCAUGGAGACCUUCGAGGACCUGUGGCAGUGGCAUCUAGAGAAUGGAGGGGACCUCCAGAAGCGGGUGGCAGAGAAGGCCAGCGAUGAAGAGACGGCCCAGUUCCAGGCAGAGGAGAAGGGGGUGCGGGUGCUGGCCGGGGACCGCAGCCUGUGGCAGGGGGCCGAGAGAGACGGAGGAGAGAGGCACGAGGACUCACCCCACCACCACCACCACCAGCAGCAGCCAGGGGCUAAGCCCAGGCAGGAGGAGAAGGAGGCUUUGGAGAGAGAGGAACAGGAGGUGGAGCGGCUGGAGCACUUGAGAGACGAACUGAAGAAGGUGACAGAGACGCUGGGGGAGCAGCUCAGGAGGGAGGGCUGACCCCUGCCUCAGGCCCUCCUUCCUCCCGACACACCCUGUGGCUUAGGACUGUUGACCCCAAAGCCUCCACCUCACCUAGCACCCCACGCCACCCCUACCCAAGCAGGGGAGGAGAUGGGCGUGCCUUGGAAACACACCCAAGGAGGCGAGUCUGAGCUGGGCAGGGGGCUGGGCUCAGCCCCGACUGAGGAAGCACCCCCACACCUAUGCACUCCCACCCCAACCCUUCUGAGUGAAUAAAGCACAAAGAAACGCA